CUGUACGUCGCGAUCACCAGGCUGGACGACAGCUGCAUAGGCGAGAAGGAGCGGGGCGAAGUCUGCGAGCACCAGUUCAUUCGUGCUUUUGACGUAGCCGCAGACGGCUCCCUGUCCAACAACCGCGUGUUUGCCACCAUGUAUUCCGACGAAGACGGAGUGCCCGAUGGAAUGAAAGUGGACGCGGAGGGACGCGUCUACUGCACAGGUCCGGGCGGGUGCUGGGUGUUCGACGCGGCUGGCAAUCAGCUGGGUGUCAUACGUUUGCCUGAGAUUCCGGCCAACUGCGCAUGGGGAGGCGAGGACAACCGCACAAUGCUGUUCACCGCCCGCACAUCAGUCUACUCCCUGAGAAUGACGACGCCCGGCACAACCAUCCCCACGCAGUAG